CCUUUGCAUUUUACAUUACAUUUUCCAUUAAAUUCCUUUCAAAUAACAUUCCUAUUAAAUCUAGCAAAUAUUGAAUAACACUAGAAUUUAAAUGAAUUGGUAAAAUACGCAAUUGAAUAACACAAAAAUUUAAAAAAAUUGAUAAAAUACACAAUUGAAUAACACUAGAAUUUAAUGGAAACCAUAAUUCCUUCAAAUUCUAUCAAAUUUCUAAAUCCAAUACCCCUACCUUUGGUUCUUAUUUUUGAGGAGCUAGCCAAAGUUCAACAAUUGGAUGAGGUAGCCAAAACUCAAGGACCAGACAAGUCUCAGCUGCUGCAGCUCCAAGCCGCAGAAGUGGCAGCUCUAUGGAAAGAGAAGAUAGCUAUCAAAGCGCCAAGAUCAUCUCUCGAGGCCUUGGCCUUUCUUAUGUCCAUCAUGGCAUUUGGAUUAAAGACAUUGAUCAACGAAGAAGAAGCUGCUUUACUUGCUUGGUCUAUUGCUCAAUACGAACAGGCACCUAUGCUCUUUGAGUAUUUGAGUAUCAGCCUUACAAUCCGAGAGGUUGUUGAAGAGCUUAUAAAGAAAAGCGAAUAUAUUUCUGCAGUCAGGCUUAUCUGUUUGUUUAAGCUUGAUAAAGAGGUUUCAUUCUCACCUUCAGAGCUCUUAAAGAAAGAGAUCAUCAGUUUCAGAGGUUCUGCUCUUGAAAACAGAUCCAAUGAAUCCUCACAGGCUAAAGAGAAAGAUGAUGGAAGGUUGAGAGCUAUACUUGAACUCGUGGCGGAUUAUCAGAUUGGAAUAGAUCUUCCAGGGGACCUCAUAGCCAAGCUCAUGGUUCAAGGAGAAAGAUCAGCCCCUGUAGUUCGUUUCUCUGUCGAGCAUGACACCUCCUCAUCAACGUCACAAGCUGAGCUGAAGAAGAAACAGUUGGGAGGGACAGAAACGGUGCUUGUGAGACAUACUGGUGUGGAUGAAGAGAAUCUUGGUACAACUUUGCCAGCUGAUGUUAAUCCCAGCAAUGAAACAUCUAACGGCAAUCAUCCUCCUCUCAUCCACACAUAUCACAGGAGAAGGAACUGAAGAGAAGGUUACACUCAAGCUAAUUAAGUUAUAAAAUAACCGUAGUUAUAUGACUUGUAUGUUGUAAGUCCUAAGGAUAUGGUCUGUAAGGCUAACUAGUAGGGAAACUAAACAGAGAGGGUGAAUCUCUUGUGUUGGUUGGUUAGAUUGCGUCUCAGUUGUUAUCUCUGGCUCGAACCUUUGAUUGUAUCAUCAUAUUAAUCGUCUUUUGUUAUGGUAAACGUGAGCUUUUAGGACUAAACCAUUUGUAAGAAAAAACCUAUUCAAAUAUUUUAAUGUUCUAAAAUUCGUGGGCAAUA